GGGGGUUCAUUAUUUGGCAGGAUGUAAGCCGCUGCUAACAGGAAGCCGAAUAACGAGGACUCAUUGAGGUGCAGGAAUUGGCAAAGAGCAACGAUUCCAAACAUUGCUCUGUACCCUCGUUACAAAUCCUCCACGAUACAGGAGGAACAAGCAGUCAGCCACCGGUGUAUGAACUCAAGUCAGAGGCAGCUAUGUCUUCAGCGGUGGACCUCAAGACCAAGGAGGAGAAGGAUGCGGAGUUGGACAGACGAAUCGAAGCUUUGAGGAAGAAAAAUGAAGCUCUGGUCAAGAGGUACCAGGAAAUAGAGGAAGACAAGAAGAAGGCGGAGCAGGAGGGCAUUGCUGUGACGACCCCUCGCAAGCCCCGCCCCCAUGAGCCGGAGACGGACAGAAGGAAGACGGAGAAAGAAAACUUAACCGUCACGGUAGAAAUUUCCAAACAGACGGGGGAGAAGAGAGUUGUGAAUGAAUGGAAAACUGGAGCGCCUCGCGGUCGGAAGACGUCAGAGGAGAGUGAAGGCCAUGGAGGGCAGAGCGACGGCCACAGGGGGCAGAGCGACGGCCACAGCCCCCCCAGGAGGACUGGGUCGGGGCGAAUGGGUCGAGGAGGUCAGAGAGGAGGAGGAGGAGGAGGAAGCCGCCAGGAGAGGAGAGAAUGGGAACCUAGAACACCCAGAGAUGGAGAACCUGGGGAGUCAGGAGGACAGGGACGCAGAGGAGGAAGGAGAGGAAGAGGAGGAAGAGGAGGAGGAGGAGGAGGAGGAGGAGAAGGAAUGGGGACACCAGGUGGCAUGGACAAGAAAUCCAAGGAAUGGGAGGAGAAGAGGCGGCAGAACAUUGAGAAGAUGAAUGAAGAAAUGGAGAGAAUAGCAGCAUAUGAGAGAGGACAGCAGCCGGAUGCAGACAAGCCGAGCCGUAACUUCCUGGACGACCCGAGACGUUCAGGACCGGCGCCAGACAUAGACCGCAAGGAGGGCAGCAGGAGACAUGUACGAAACUGGGGAGGACUGGACUUUGACAACGUGAAGACAGGAGCCGAACUGGAGAAAGAGUGGACCAGUCGAAGGCCUGGUCCGAAAGGGUCUGUAGACAUGACCAUGUCAAUGACCGGCCGGGAGAGAGCAGAGUACCUGCGCUGGAAGAAGGAGCGUGAGCAGAUUGACGAGGAGCGACUGGCACGCCAUCGUAACGCCACAGGCCAGUGGAGACGAGAGUGGGACGCACAGAAGAAUGAGAACAUGUUCAAGGAGGACCCAUAUGCAGCUGCAGAGGGCAUCGCACCCGAGCAGGGCAGCAGGAGAGCCCGGGGGCGUAACUCUUGUACAGAGCCUCGGGGCCGGGCCUCAGACGACAGUAAACGCCCUCCUAAAGUGCCGACAUUUGGCGACUUCUUGUCCCAGGGCACUACGCAGGGGCCACGAGGGGACCGGGGCAGAGGGAGGGGCCGAGGACAGAAACCAAGCUACAGCAUGCAUGACAACCGCUGGGAAGGAGACAAAGAAGAAGAGGACAAGGAAAAGGAGGACAAGACGAAGCGAGAGGAGAAGACUAAACCCGAGGAGAAGACUAAACCCAAGGAGAAGGAGGAAGAACAAUCCAAACCUCCCACGGCGCAGAAGGUGGAGAAGGACGGAGAUGGAGAGGAUGACGACGAGGAAUGGGAAGAUGCAAGCGAUGGAGAAGACGACGAAGAAGUGGAGGAAGGGAGCGACUCAGAACACGACUCCAGGGGUGAUGAGAAGAAAGACAAGGGGAAAGAGAAACCAGUCACGAGCAAAUACAACUCGCCGACAUCUCGUGCACCUCGUUCUCGGUCGACAUCAGCAGGAAGCCCCAAAGAACAGCGCCCCCCCAGACCAAAGGUCCACAUCCCCCCGCCGGAAGCAGUUCAGGAGUCACCAGAGGGAGGCAAGCCCCUCAGCCCCUUCCUGUCGUUGGAGGGCCACAAGCCUGUAACAGACUGGGCGGAAGAGAUGGAGAUGCUGUCGCCCCGGAGCAGCAUGGGAGGCGAGAGCCCACUGAAACCCGCCAGCGUGGAGGCCAGCCCGCCCCAGAAGAAGGAGGAGGAGCAGCAGGAGGAGCAGCAGCAGCAGGAGGAGAUGCAGAGCCAAGCCACCAGCUCCGCUGAACCUCCUGAGCCACUGAAAGGGGAGGAUACAGCUGUAGAUGUUGCCUCUCCUUCAGAAAAGACUAAAGCCCAGCAGACUGUGAUAGUGUCAGAACAAGAGUCCGUCCCCGCAGACUCCCCUGCUGCACCGCCAUCUGACCCUGCCCCGUCUGAGGUUCCUCAGCCCUCCCCCUCUGAUUUUUCUGUCCCAGCCCUUUCUGAGAUUUCUGUCCCCGUCCCCGUUACAAUGGACCAAGAUACACCUGCUGCUCCAUCACAAGCAGACAAACUGGACACCCCUCCCUCUCCAGCCGUCCUGGAGGAACCAGCAGGAGGGAACGAUGACGACUCGUCGCCCGCUGGGACCGAAGCUGCCCCGCCAGCAGAAACAGUGGAGUCCUCGGAGCAAACGUCCUCAGGCUGAAGCUGCUGGGAACAAACAGACUCACUUCUGAGGAGGUCAGAAAGAUGAGAUAGACGAAGAGCAUCACACUACUCGUCGCUGGAAUGACCAUCACACAUCGAAAUAAAACGAGAGGAAAAAAAUUACAUCAUCAAGUAGGAGGAGGAACUGUGUAUCGCUGCCAUGGACCAGCGUUUUUUUUCAGCGCUCUCUCUGAGCUGUUGUUUUUUUUUUUUGUUUUUUUUUUAAAAUCUUUUUGAUCAGUCGGUCUGAUCACCUCUGGUCCGCUGCCAUGUUUUGUGCCACGCUGUUAAGUUUUAAGAUAUGAAGAGGAAAAGUCAUUCACUGCAAAAUCUUUUGCCCAUUGGCGACACCCCUAAACCGAACAGAUACCUGCUGAGCCCGGCCAGUCCAAAGUGGGUUUGCAAGGCCAAGAACUACGUAGAAAUGAAUCUCCACACCAGCUGGCCGAUAUCACUUUAUAAAAAGCUUUUUAUAAAGUGAUAUUUCCUGUCUGAUUGUUGUUUUAAAAACAUAUUGCUCGGCCGUCUCAGGUACAGAACAGACGUGGACAAUUUCCGCGUCGGAUUUGGCCGGAAAAUAAUUACUACUUCAUGGAUUGAACAGAUUUAAUUUUGUCUGUCAACAUGACCGGCGUGUUAGCUGGUUAACCGUCACAUGUGGGGCCCUAACCAACCUGCUGUCUUGUUGUAAACACAUCUGACUCGUGCCCUGGCUAACAUAUUUUUCUAGAAGCCUGCAUUUAUAGCUGCCACAAGGUAUAUGUUAAAAGUCAAAAAUCAUGAAAUGCAGAAGAAGCAGAGAAAUCACAUUUUUUAACUCCUUCCACCUGCUUUCCUGUUGAAACACGAGUCAAGCCAUCAAUACUUGUGACUGAGCUCUGACUGUCCAGCGACAUUUUAGUGUUCUGCUGAUUUAGCUUUAGCCUCCUAAAACAUCGCAGAACUCAUGAAUUUAACAAAGAAAGGAUCAAACUCGAUGCAGCUCAACCAGAUAUGUCAUCUUGUUGUAUUCUUCUUCCUUAUCAAAACAGGUGCCUCCAUUACCCACAAUGCAGUUUGCCAACAUUUGGGUUGGAGGUUUGGGUGUGUUAUGCUAGUAGCCGCUGUAGCAGCCUUUAGCCUGCAGCAGAGAAGUGUAGCAGGGGACAGUAGUCUGCUGAGCUCACUUCUUUCACACCUCCCAUCAUUUUUCUUUUUCAAACUUCUAGUCUUCAGAUCCAACUGACUCUGACUCAAGUGACAUCACUUGAGGACAUUUAUCAAACAUCGCACGGCUCCAUCUUGGGUUCCCCUUUUAAAAAUGCUGGAUUAACCUUCCCUCGCUAAACAAUCUUACUAUGGACUCCGUCUUUGUACUCGUCAAGUGUUAUCCAAACAUGAUUUGCACACGGUGUUUUCUAAACUGGACUUGUCACGGCAAAAGUUGCUCUCAGCUCUGUGUUGUAACUUUUAAGCUUGAGUGCUGAACUUUUCACAUAUAAACGAACAUUAAGCCCUCGCCAACUGAGUUCACAUGGUGCUGAUUUAAACUUAUCGUCGCCAGGUAAAUCUCUGUAUUCGCAGUAUGCUAAAUCGGAGGCAUACGUCGUUAGCAUGCGUCAUUAGUGUUGGUGUAAUUACUCUCACUGCCAAUAGGGGGAGACACUGCAGGUUUAAAACCUCUGUUUUGAGGGGUGUCCAUCUUGUGAUUUUACUAUUGUGCUGAUCUUAGCUCUAUCAGUCUCUAUAAUGUAGACUUGGGACUAAAGCCUGUCCUGCUCUUUGGUUUUAUUUUGUUGGCUUUAAUUAUUUGUUUUGUUAGAUUGUGCGUGGAAAUUCAUUUUUCUUCAUAUCAGAACCAACUGACAAUUUUGUUUUUGUCAUGAGAGAGAAUACUUCUGUUGACACACUAAAGCUGUUUUCAAGAAUGAGACACCUUUAGCCUGACUGUUUUCAUGAGCUUCUCUGCAGGUAGAUCACAAUGUUUUAAGUGUAAUUGUGUAUUUUACGUCGGAGCCGGGUGUGUGUGUGUGUGUGUGUGUGUGUGUGUGUGUGUGUGUGCGCGCGCUGUGUCUCCUGUGAUCAUGUGGGUCAGAUGUGAAUCGGAGUGAGCGACUUUGUCAACACACAUUCAGUCAUUUGGCUGAUGCAGUCACCUAAAUUUACUUCUGGUAUCAGGUGUCUUGCUUUAGGUCACCCUUACAGAAUACCAUGUGACCUCUUCACACCUCCUCCUCAUCUUAAAUCUAUCAAAAUACCAAUUAAGUACUUGGAGCACUCGGUCCGUUUGCCGUUUUUAAUGAUGUAAUCACUUGUCAUAAUCAGAAAACAUUCGAUAUUUUCAGAGACUGUGCCGUCAUUUUGUGAUUCUCAUUGGUUGUGAAUCAUCCGUUCUACAGAGAAAUCUCUUACGUCCGUCUGAUAAGAGUUCCUCCUCACCCUUUAGAUGACACACUGCCUCUUUGAAUGGGAAGUUUGUUUUUAAAAUCAACAGGUCUGAUUCCAAAAUGGCUCAAAGAUAUUAGUGUUAUUGGUUUUUAUGUUAAUAAACAGAAGUGUUUUGGGGAUGUAAUUUUCUUUUAUUUCAAAAAUUCACACUUAAAGUAUCUAAAGUGUGGAAACAUGAAUUACUACUUGAGUAAUGAACUUUGGGCUGUAUUUUUAUUUUAUUUUUUUUUAAAUGAACAGUUUGUUUUGGAAUGAAACCCUUCACUCAUACCUCAGCAGACCAAGGGCUUUAGUUUGGUUUGUUUGUGCUUUGUUUCCUGCAAACGCCUCAGCCUUUGAAUCGUGUUAGUUGUAGCGGCUCGCCUGUGGCGUUUGAAGACACGGGGAUAAAUGGGAUGCUUUAAUGUUUUUGUUUUCUAUAUCAGAGGAAUACAAAUUAUGCAUUUGAGUUGAAAGGAACUGCAAUAUGUACAGUUUUUAAAUGGAAAAAACAUUCCACAGAUGUGGUGUUAGUGCACAAUGUAGCCUGUGAGCUAUUAAAAAAUAUUUUUGUUUGUUUUUCUUUGCAUAUGGAUGUUUUUUUUUCUGAUCUUCGAUGACUGAUUGUAUUUACAGCAGUAGAUAUUUCAAUGUACAUCCAUUUCUACAAUGUCUUCCUGUUUUAUACAUGAAAUCGCUCUGAGAACUAACAAGGCCUAUUUGUUUUUUUUUGGGACUUGUGUACAGCUGUUUUCAUGAAAUUAUCCUAGCAUGAAUCUGAAAUUGUUGCUUUUUAAUGUCAAAGCCACUGAUGAAAUAAAUGUCCCCAUCAGCUCACACAUCAAGAGAGGAAUAAGAGCCCUGAUGUUUGUACAGCUUUCCAAAAUGAGCACCCACAUGAAAUGUAAAGCGCAAUUUUUUUUGUUUUUCCUCAUUUAGCCAAUAAAUGUAUUCCUCUGA